AUGAGAAGCCCUUGGCUAAAGAGAUUAUCUUUAUUUUUUGGGCCUAGACCGCCACUCAACUGGUUGCUGUUAUUUCUAGUGAGUAUAAUUGUGCUAAUUGCACUUUUGGGGUCUUCUUCUUCGACUGCUUUCCACUCUGUUACGCCAUAUGUGAAACCUGAAAGUUACAGAAAGCUGAAGGAGCAAGCAACCAGUGAUUACUUGGAGUUGAGAACUCUAUCUGCAGGGGUUAAUAAGCUCCGGGAUGUUGGUCUUUGUGGAAAGGAUAGAGAGAAUUAUGUGCCUUGUUAUAAUGUUUCUGCAAAUAUACUAGCUGGAUUCAAAGAUGGGGAGGAGUUUGAUCGGCAUUGUGAAGUUUCCAACGAUCAACAGCAUUGUCUAGUUCGUCCUCCUAAGGACUAUAAGAUUCCUUUGAAUUGGCCCACAGGGAGGGAUGUUAUCUGGAGUGCAAAUGUGAAGAUAUCCAAAGACCAGUUUCUGUCAUCUGGUACCAUGACAAAGAGGUUGAUGUUAGUUGAAGAAAAUCAAAUUGCUUUCCACUCAGAAGAUGGGAUGGAUGAUGUCAAAGAUUACUCCCACUUAAUAGCAGACAUGAUUGGACUUGCUGGUGAUAAUGAAUUCUAUCAGGCUGGUAUACGCACUGUCUUAGAUAUUGGCUGUGGGUUUGGAAGCUUCGGAUCUCAUUUGCUCGCUCUCAAUAUAAUGGCUGUUUGUACGGCAUCAUAUGAGUUGACUGGUAGCCAAGUUCAGUUGGCCCUUGAAAGAGGUCUUCCUGCUAUCAUUGGCAACUUUAUUUCAAGACAGCUUCCUUUUGCUUCUUUAUCAUAUGACAUGAUACACUGUGCCCAGUGUGGUAUCGUUUGGGACAAGAAAGAUGGGUUGUUCCUUAUCGAAGUUGAUCGUUUGCUUAAGCCAGGGGGUUACUUUGUUUUAACCUCCCCCAUCAGCGGGCAGCAUGGAAGUUCCUCAACUUUAAAAAAGGGAAGCAUGGCAACUCCAAUUGAGGAACUUGCACAAAAGAUGUGUUGGAAAUUGUUAGCCGAGCAAGAAGAGACUUUUAUCUGGCAGAAGACUUCAGAUGCUCAAUGUUACACAUCAGGGCAUAUUGAUGUACCACUAUGUAAGGGAGACAAUUCUCAGUCAUAUUAUCAGCCAUUGGUAAACUGUUUAAGAGUUCUUCCUGAUGAUUUCUCAGAAGACUUGGAGUUCUGGAGAUCAUCUUUAAGAGACUAUUGGUCUCUGUUAUCUCCUCUUAUAUUCUCUGAUCAUCCAAAGAGGCCAGGUGAAGAAGAACCGUUACUUCCAUAUAACAUGGUUCGGAAUGUGAUGGAUAUGAACGCACGUUAUGGGGGUCUCAAUGCUGCAUUAUUGGAAGCUAGGAAAUCAGCUUGGGUCAUGAAUGUGGUGCCAGUUGGAGCAGAUGAUACAUUACCUCUUAUACUUGACCGAGGAUUUGCUGGUGUCUAUCAUGACUGGUGUGAGCCGUUUCCCACGUAUCCUCGAACCUAUGACUUGCUUCAUGGCAGUAACCUUCUGUCGCGUCUUACUGAAAAGGGUUGUAGCAUGGUAGACUUGCUUUUUGAAAUGGAUCGCAUCCUGCGUCCUGAGGGUUGGGUUAUUCUUUCUGAUAAAGUUGGUCAAAUAGAGAAAGCACGGUCGAUUACUACCCAGAUACGCUGGGAGGCCAGAGUAAUUGAUGUUGAGAAUGGGAGUGACCAGCGUCUUCUUGUAUGUCAAAAGCCGUUCACAAGAAAAUGA